AAUGAGUGAAGUAAAACCUCAAAAUAAACAAAAACGAAGUAAAACCACAAAAGCAAGUUUUAGGGUUUUCUCUAUCGACCCCUGACCCUGUCUCUCCCCAAAAUAGAAGGGUGAUAGUGACACAAUCUUCAUGGACCGUCUUCGUCCUAGACACCGAAAAAGUUUCACUGGCUUUACAAAGACAGAGAUAGAAAAGAUGGAGAAAAUGUUGGAAGUGUCCAGGGAAACUGUAUUAGAUAAGGAGUUUUGUCAAUACGUUGCAAGAGCUUUUGGUCGCUAUUCUGAUCGGGCUGGGAAGCCUGUUGUAAAAUGGACUGAGGUGCACAAUUGGUUCCAUAAUGCAAAACAGGAAUCAGCAAAAGCCUCCAAAAAUGUGCUUGAACUAGCAGGAGCUUCUCUUCCUGUUAAAAGUUCUGUAAAGCCAACAGCAGAAGAGAAGAACCAAGACUUAUCCGAGUUGGAAUUUGAGGCAAGGUCAUCAAAAGAUGGGGCAUGGUAUGACGUUGAUAUGUUUGUUGCACACAGAGAACUAAUUACUGGUGAAACUGAAGUUCGUGUCAGAUUUGUUGGAUAUGGAGCAGAAGAGGAUGAGUGGAUCAAUAUAAAAAAGGGAGUACGAGAACGUUCUGUUCCUCUUGAACAUUCAGAGUGUCACAAAGUAGAGGUUGGAGAUCCUGUCCUCUGCUUCCAGGAGAAGGAUGACCAAGCCAGGCAUUACGAUGCUCAUGUAUUAGAAAUCCAAAGGAGGAUGCAUGACAUUAGAGGCUGCAGAUGUAUCUUUCUGGUUCGGUACAAUCAUGAUGAAAGUGAGGAAAGAGUUCGUCUGAAAAGAUUAUGUGGUAGACCAACUUAUAAUAAUUAAGACAAUUUUUCAUAUACUGCUGAAGUAACUGUUCUGAAGGGCUGAAGUUUGUAUUUGUCAUUUUUAAGAUUACUGUUUCUUAAUUUGUAUAUACAUAUUUAUUUAUAUAGUGGGGAUUGUUCUUAGUUCUACUUGAGUUGUGUUCUUGUAGAUGAUAGGCACAAUGUUCUGAACAGUAAUCGUCCCUGCUCCAAUAUGUUCUAGUAUAAAUGAAUCUUCAGACAUUUUAGACAGAGAUAAAUUUUAUCUCUUAAACAACACAUUCAAGUCAUGUCUUUCUUUUAUGUUCAUUUUCCGAUUGUAAUUUUAUUUUGUUUGCGGAA